GGGAAAUUAUGAAAUACUGCGCUCUCCAUACAUAGGGAGGCAGUUGCUGGGAGGAAGGUGGGAACCGAUGCUCUGAGCCUUGUGUGUGACAGGAGGACAGGGCUGGAGCUUCUGAAGCACAGAAACACUCCAAUGCCGUGAAAAAAGCCACAGCUGAGCCUCUGAGGGUGAGGGCUGGACUGAAAAGCAGUGCAGAGUGAGGUCCCGGUGUGUCCCCAUGCCUGGGAGGGAGAGGACGAUGCUGGUGCCUUUGUGCCACCCUGGCCCAGUCUCACCGUAGAUUUGAACCCUGCUCCACAUUUCCUAGAAGUAUUAAGUUUUGAAAAAUUCUAAACAUGAAGAUGGACUUUCCCCUACUUCCUUUUAUUUGUGGUGUUAGUGAUGGGGUACAUUCAUACAAAAAAGCCAUGCCAGCACCAGACUGCUUGUUCACAGGGCUGCAUGGGCUGGAAUUUUCUCUGCAUCAUUUACUCACAGGGCACACUGACUUGUUACUUGGAACCGAGGUGUGAUAGGUUUUCCUGCCACCAUCUCUUGGAGACCGUGAAGAUCAAAUGAGAUGAUGUUCUCGGUGGUGGUAAAAGACUGUUUAUUUAAAAAGGGUGAGGCGUUUGCUGGCCAAGAGUCAGCACCAGGCAUGUGCAUAUUUACUGAACCUAAGCCUGUGUUUUAGUUCUUUUCAAGGUGACUUUAUUUUAUCAUUUGAUACCAAAAUUACAAGGCUUCACAAACUCAGACCUUAAGCAUGGAAAUACUAUUUUCUUUUUAAAAUCCCAUUCACCUAGAAAGCCAAGUAUCCACUCCUUUUCUUCCUCCUCCCUGCACAUUUUGUUUCCUCCUCUCCAACCCCCUCCCGCCCUUCCUUUUUUGGCUCAGUGCAAUCUGAGUACCACUUUUCUGGGAAAGCCUGAUAUUCUGACUUCAGUUUUGUAAUUUAAUGAUGGAGAAUUUCCUUAGUAAACCAAAUUUAGAGUCCUAGAAUGCUUAUCUUAUAUCCAGACCUUGAACAUAAAAGGCAUUUUCUCCCCGCAAUUGUUCAUUUAAUGAGCAAUUGCAGAGUGCAGGCCGGUUGAGGGAUUGAGCUAUAUGCACUAUUAUUGCAAGAAGUAUUCCGAAAUACCAGAAAUAGGACGUAAGCUCUGAUCAGGGAGACUACGAGCACAAUUACCUUCUUUUCAAAUCCUUCUGUGACACUGCGGGAGGAAAAAGGACUUUGAAACUUGAAAGGAAAGAGCUUGCUUUCAACCUCAAAAGCUAGGAGGAAGGGCUCUGAAAUUUGCUCAGAAUUCCCAAUUCACCAUUAGCCUGUUUCUUCCUUUAGCCUCAAGGCAUUCUCUGCUUUUUGAAAAGAUGUUAAGAAAUUCAGUCACAAUAGAGAGCCUAGUUUUGAACAUGUUUCACUGGGUCCAUUGAGGUCUGGGCUCCAGCCUUUGUGUGGGGUGAAUUGAGCUGAGAGGCUAGCUGGUUGGAGAGAGGGGAAUGAGUCGCUGUGCAGUCGCAAAUUCUGGCAAAGAAAAAAAAAAAAAGCUCACCCCUUCCUUUAUUUUACACUAUGCAUUCCUGUACAAUCCUGCUAGUGGCAAUAUGUAGAGCUGAGCCUGUCCCUAAGUCAAUACGGAGUACUUGGUUUAUAGCAACUCUUGUGAAGUUUGUCUUGUAAUUGAAGCUGCUGUUGACCUUGCUUGGGGACCAUUUGUAAAACCGUUUAUUUAGCAUAAACUGAAAUAAUAAACCCUCCUUCUCCAGGGCCGAUUGUGAUAGGGUGACAUUAGUUUGAUUUAAUGAUUAGCCGCCUGACCCUUCUGCUGGAGAGAGCUGCUUGAAUAGGGAGAGUUCACUCCGAAGCACUCGCAAAGAAUACUAAUGAGCUUGUUAAAUUUAGCAUGGCUCCAACCACUUUUAAUUCCUCUAAUGGGAGCCUGGGAGGAGAGGGAGAGGCAGAGGCAGAGGCUGAGGCAGAGGCAGAGGCAGAGGCAGAGAGAGGCCAAGAGAAUAUUCCUAGAGGGUCUGCACAGCUAGAGAAAGCUCCCCAAGAGAAGUUUGCAGAAAGUAGCUAGCCAGAGCUCGGGCACUGAGUUAGGAUGAAAGUCCUGGACAGAUCUAUCACCGAGAGAGAAGAAACGCAAUCACAAUGCAGCCACAGAGUGUGCAGGGGCUCAGUAAAAUCAGUGAGGAGCCUUCAACGUCCAGUGACGAGAGGGCCUCGCUGAUCAAGAAGGAGGUCCAUGGGUCCCUGCCACACCUGGCGGAGCCCUCCGUUCCCUACCGAGGGACCAUGUUUGCCAUGGACCCCAGGAAUGGUUACAUGGAGCCUCACUACCACCCUCCUCAUCUAUUUCCUGCCUUCCAUCCUCCUGUCCCAAUUGAUGCCAGACAUCAUGAAGGCCGUUACCAUUAUGACCCGUCUCCUAUUCCUCCGUUGCAUGUGCCUUCUGCCUUAUCUAGUAGUCCAACAUAUUCAGACCUGCCCUUCAUCAGAAUCUCCCCGCACCGGAACCCCGCUGCAGCAUCUGAGUCUCCCUUCAGCCCUCCGCACCCCUACAUCAACCCUUAUAUGGACUACAUCCGCUCCCUGCACAGCAGCCCCUCCCUCUCCAUGAUCUCAGCAGCCCGAGGGCUGAGCCCUACAGACGCCCCCCAUGCUGGAGUCAGCCCCGCGGAGUACUAUCACCAGAUGGCCCUGCUGGCCGGACAGCGCAGCCCCUAUGCCGACAUCCUUCCCUCUGCUGCCACCAGCGCAGGGGCCAUCCACAUGGAAUACCUUCACGCCAUGGACAGCACCAGAUUCCCCAGCCCUAGGCUGUCAGCCAGGCCGAGCCGGAAACGUACACUGUCCAUAUCACCGCUGUCUGAUCAUAGCUUUGACCUUCAGACCAUGAUAAGGACUUCUCCCAACUCCUUGGUCACCAUUCUCAAUAAUUCCCGUAGCAGCUCUUCAGCAAGUGGCUCGUACGGUCACUUAUCUGCAAGUGCAAUCAGCCCUGCCUUGAGCUUCACCUACCCAUCUGCACCCGUCUCCCUCCAUAUGCAUCAGCAGAUCUUAAGCCGACAGCAAAGCUUAGGCUCGGCCUUUGGACACAGCCCUCCACUCAUCCACCCAGCCCCAACUUUUCCAACACAGAGGCCUAUUCCAGGGAUCCCCACAGUUCUGAACCCCGUCCAAGUCAGCUCUGGCCCGUCUGAGUCCUCACAGCAGAACAAGCCCACAAGUGAGUCUGCAGUGAGCAGCACCGGUGACCCAAUGCACAACAAGCGAUCCAAGAUCAAGCCGGACGAAGACCUCCCCAGCCCAGGCGCACGGGGGCAGCAGGAACAGCCAGAAGGAACAACCCUAGUCAAGGAGGAAGGGGACAAAGAUGAAAGCAAACAGGAGCCUGAAGUCAUCUACGAGACAAACUGCCAUUGGGAAGGGUGCACCAGGGAGUUUGACACCCAGGACCAGCUUGUGCACCAUAUCAAUAACGACCAUAUCCACGGUGAGAAGAAGGAGUUUGUGUGCCGAUGGCUCGAUUGCUCCAGGGAGCAGAAACCCUUCAAAGCUCAGUACAUGUUGGUGGUGCAUAUGAGGAGACAUACUGGUGAGAAGCCUCACAAAUGCACUUUUGAAGGUUGCACAAAAGCCUACUCGAGACUAGAAAACUUGAAAACACACUUGAGAUCUCACACUGGAGAGAAACCAUAUGUCUGUGAGCAUGAAGGUUGCAACAAGGCCUUCUCCAACGCCUCUGAUCGCGCCAAGCACCAAAACAGAACACAUUCCAACGAGAAACCGUAUGUGUGCAAAAUCCCAGGCUGCACAAAGCGCUACACAGACCCCAGCUCCCUCCGGAAGCAUGUGAAGACUGUGCAUGGCCCUGAGGCGCAUGUCACCAAGAAACAGCGAGGGGACAUGCACCCGCGGCCCCCACCCCCCAGAGAUUCUAGCAGCCAUUCCCAGUCCAGGUCCCCAGGCCGGCCGACUCAGGGAGCCCUCGGGGAGCAGAAAGACCUCAGCACCACUACCUCAAAGCGGGAAGAAUGCCUCCAGGUGAAGACCGUCAAAGCGGAGAAGCCCAUGACAUCUCAGCCAAGCCCUGGUGGUCAGUCUUCAUGCAGCAGCCAACAGUCCCCCAUCAGCAGCUAUUCCAACAGUGGGCUCGAGCUUCCUCUGACCGACAGAGGUAGUGUUGCGGACCUCAGUGCCAUUGACGAAACCCCGAUCAUGGACUCGACCAUUUCCACCGCCACCACAGCCCUUGCUUUGCAAGCCAGGAGGAAUCCAGCAGGGACCAAAUGGAUGGAGCACGUCAAACUAGAAAGGCUGAAACAAGUGAAUGGAAUGCUUCCACGACUGAACCCCAUUCUACCCCCCAAAGCCCCUGCGGUCUCUCCUCUCAUAGGAAAUGGCACCCAGUCCAGUAACAACUGCAGUUCGGGUGGGCCUGUGACUCUUCUCCCAAACAGAAGUGACUUCUCUGGGGUGGACCUCACCAUGCUGAACACGCUCACCCGGAGAGACAGUAACACCAGCACCAUCAGUUCUGCCUACCUGAGUAGCCGCCGCUCCUCGGGCAUCUCCCCGUGCUUCUCCAGCCGUAGGUCCAGUGAGGCAUCACAGGCGGAGGGCAGGCCCCAGAACGUGAGCGUGGCUGACUCCUAUGACCCCAUCUCCACCGACGCCUCACGCAGGUCCAGUGAGGCCAGCCAGAGCGAUGGGCUGCCCAGCCUGCUCAGCCUCACGCCUGCACAGCAGUACCGCCUCAAGGCCAAGUAUGCUGCGGCCACCGGAGGGCCACCACCCACGCCUCUGCCACACAUGGAGAGGCUGAGCUUGAAGACCAGGAUGGCCCUGCUGGGAGACAGCCGGGAGUCUGGGGUGACUUUGCCUCCCGUGCACCCUCCUCGGAGAUGCAGUGAUGGAGGAGCCCAUGGUUAUAGCCGGCGCCACCUUCUCCCACAUGAUGCCCUGGGGAACAGCGUGCGGAGGGCCAGUGAUCCAGUGAGAAUGGCCUCAGAGAGCCUGCCACCCCCCAGGGUCCCACGCUUCAGCAGCCUCAACAGCUUCAGUCCCCCAUCUACCGAAAAGCGGAACCUGGUGCUGCAGAACUAUACUCGACCCGAGGGCAGCCAGCCUCGUCCCUUCCACGUGUCCCCCUGUCCUCCCAGCAUCACGGAGAACAUCACCCUGGAGUCCCUGACCAUGGACGCCGACGCCAACUUGAAUGAUGAGGAUCUCUUGCCUGAUGACGUGGUGCAGUAUUUAAAUUCCCAGAACCAAGCAGGAUAUGGGCAGCACUUGCAGAGUGCCCUCUCAGAGGACAGCAAAGGACCCCACGGGCCAGCUGACUUUGACCCAUCUGGGCUGCCAGACAGCCACGCUGGCCAACAGUUCCAUUCCUUGGAGCAGCCAGGCCCGGAAGGCAGCAAAAGCGACCUGCCCAUUCAGUGGAAUGAAGUGAGCUCGGGAAGUGCAGACCUGCCCUCUUCCAAGCUGAAAUGCAGCCAGCGCUCCACAGCGCAGCAGGCUCGGGCUUUUGGGCUAUACAGCAGCAUAGUGGUUCCCCCGCAGAACCCAUGGAGGGCUGGCCCAGGCCCAGCCACGGGAUAUCAGGACCUUGGGGAAAAUGGCAGCGCCUACAGUAGUGGCCCAGAGCACUUGGCCAUCCCUGCUGACACCAGCGCCAGUGCCAGUGGAAACGCCUUCCACGCACACCCCUAUAAAGCCCAGCAGUAUGCGAACUGUCUGGCCAGGCAACCAGUGGCUCCUGGGGCACUAGACAGUCCCUGUGGUGCCGGGGUUCAAGGGUCCAAGCUGAAGAGUGCCACUGUGCAAGGCAAUGGGGUCCCCCUGGAUUUUGGCAUGCUGGUGACACCCAGUGACAUGACUGGCCUCACAGUGAAUGGCAUGCAGACCCCAGACCCGCUGGGACAGAGCUGCCUCCCUCAGCAGCUCCUCGGGGACAGUGUGCAGCAGCACCAGGGGGCAGGCCGUGCCGGGCAGCAGCAGGUGCUCGGGCAGGUCAGUGCUACCUCACACAUCAGCUCCUACCAAGGGCCAGAGGACUGCUUUUCGGGGACCCACAGUGUUGGCUGCCAGCCAUCCGGCCUGGCGGGGGUCAGGAGCUAUCAGCCCUGUGCCAGCUAUGGGGCCAGGCAGCGCCAGGCUAUGCCAAGGGCCAGCCUCACGCUGCAGCAAGGACAGCUCAGUGAUACGAGUCAGACCUGCAGGGUGAACGGCAUCAAGACAGAGAUGCCCGGGCAGCCCGCACAGCUCUGUGCGAAUGUGCAGAAUUACUCUGGUCAGUUCUAUGACCAAACCAUGGGCUUCAGUCCGCAAGACACAAAAAUGGGCUCGUUCUCCAUGUCCAGUGCCAGCUGCCUACUACAGGGGGCCGGCGCUGGAAACUCUGAGUUACUAUCCCCAGGUGCUAACCAGGUGACAAGUACCGUCGACAGCCUCGACAGCCAUGACCUUGAAGGGGUGCAGAUUGAUUUUGAUGCCAUCAUAGAUGAUGGGGACCAUGCCAGCCUGAUGUCAGGGGCCCUGAGCCCCAGUAUUAUUCAGAACCUUUCUCAUAGCUCCUCCCGCCUCACCACGCCGCGAGCCUCUAUCCCUUUCCCAGCCCUGUCAGUGAGCACCACCAACAUGGCGAUUGGGGACAUGAGCUCUUUGCUGACCUCCCUUGCGGAAGAAAGCAAAUUCCUUGCGGUCAUACAAUAGGCAUUAGGCAAGAAGGACUGCGAACAGAUGUAAAAUCGUAGGAGUUGAAAGAUGGAACUGACUGUGUUUGGGCUGGUUGGGUUGUUUUGUUUUGUUUUGAUGUGUUUUUUUAGUUCUGUAUGUAUUUUAGUAAUCUCAUCUCACCUAACUGGGAUGUGUUUCAAGUAUAUUCCUUUUAUGGAAAAGGACUCUGAAAACCCCUAAGGUAUUCUAGGGAGAAACUGUCUUCCAUUUCAGUUUUAAAUCAGUAUUGUUACACUAAAACCACCCCCUUUUUCUUUUUAACUGUAAGCCCACCCCAUCCCCCUUUUUUAGUAAACCUAUAUAAAUGUGUGCUGUGUAGGUUCUUUCUUUUAGAAGAGAGGUCAAAUCUGAAAGGGUUCAACACAUUUCUCUAUUACUCUGAGGAACUAGGAGUUGGGGGGCUUGUGACCACAGGGUUACACACCCAGACUUCUUGUAAUUUUUUUUUUUACACAUGCUUAAUGUUUUGGAGUGUGUGUGUGCGUGUGCAUGCCUGCAUGCGUGUGUGGUUGUGUGUUGGAUUCCCACAUUGGACACAAGAAUCAGAAUACGGACAGCAAGUUUUAUUAUCAUUUCAGGGUGCAUAGGUAGAUUCUUAUGUGCUCCCAAUUCCAGUGUAAUUCAGGACGUACUCUCCACAGGGGGACCGGAGUGGAUAGCUGGGGCUCUUCCAAAAGAAAUCCUUCACUCUCUCUUUGUGUUUUUGGUUCUUCAUGUCCGUAAGUGUGCUUUGAGUGGGCUCGUCUGUAUGGUCAGUUCUCAGUUAUCUGUGAUCUCUUUCGCUUCACUCUGUACCUUGAAGACCAUUUGGUGCUAUUCAGCACUGCAGUGAGAGGGCGCAGGCAGUUGGUAACUCUCAGACACACACUGCUGCAUUUAUAUGUUCUGCCAAGAAGUUUGAUAGAUGAUAGACUGAAGCAAUUGGGUAGAAUUAGUUUGGGGAAUAUUUGUGAGUUGGCUGUAUUAUUAGUUUCGUCUCCUACUGUCAUAGACAACUGAGAAUUGAUUAUUUAUAGCUCUCUUUAUAUAGGCAUUUAAACAAUCCCACAACUGGCUAUACAUUAACAUUUAUUAAUUCCACUAGAGGGAAGGAAUCUGUCUACUAAGCGCCCUAUUUUAAGGGAUUUUAAAAAUUCAGUUGUAAAAGAAAGCGCUCCCAUACAUUGAUACUGAAAAUAAAUCGGCUCAACCAGUUUAAGCAUCUGAGAACAGGAAGGAAGGAAGGUGUUUAGUAGCUGCGUGGGUGCCAGUGUUUACAUUCUAGCCACUGAGCACUGCAUUCUCUUAGCAGUUCAGGGUUCUACACAGUCUUUCAUAUGGCCUGGUAUCUGCACUUCUGUUUUGGGUCAAAGCAUUAAAUAUUUUAAGAAGUGUAGCUACUUCCCAUGUGCAUUCGACCCACGUAAGAGACAUACUAUGUGUGCAUCAAGAGUACAUGGAUUAUUCAGCACACUACUUUAAAAUAUGUAAGUGAUUAAAAUAAAGUAUUAAUACUCAGUCUACCUGCAGGAUUCUGUCCCUGUUAAUCCUUGGAGUUGGAUUUACCCACAGUGCUUCAUGACCUGUGUGGCUUUCCCCCGACUUAAACCCUGCUAUUUAAAUUACCAGUAGACACAAGUCAAGUAAAAGAAAGUGUUAUACAAAGGCUCUUAGCAACAGCCCGUUUUUCUCAUGUUUACUUUCUCCAAUGUGAGCCAAGAAUCAAGGCACAGAGAUAAUAAAAUUGCCAUGCAGGACUCUGUGGCGAAAACCGUGGGGUUCGCUGUGGACUCCAUGCUCCUGGCUCCGGCAGUUCUGCUGUGAAUCCUCCUCCACACCUCGCUGUCUUCCCCAGGGAGCCCCUUUUAAAUAAAAGGAUGUAGCCUGUUUGGAAAAAGUCCACGAGCACAAGACAGCUGCUGAGCUGCACUCAGGAGAGUAGAAUCUCUGCCACUUUUCAGCUAGAAAAGCAAGACUGAGUCUUCUUCAAAACAUGUGACCGUCUCUGCACAGUAUUAGUGCUGCAGUGCCUGAAACUUACUGUCCUGUGGCUCUCAAUCUUCUGGCCCUCACCUGCUAUUCGGGUUUGGCCCAAGCUCUUUCCUACCCUGGUUUCUCCCUCUGCUUUUAGGUUAUCCUCUGGAUUCACCUCUUUCUUGUGUGUUUCUUUCUUGUCCUUUUUUUUCCCCCCUUGCUGCCCUUUGGAUCGCAGGAGACACUUUUCAGCUCUCUGAUUGGCUUUUCUCAGUGGGGACAUUUCAAAAGGAAGCAAGAAAGGAGGAAGGGAAGAAGGAAGUGGACUAUCUGGGGAUUUCAGUGAUCUGCGUGACCAUGCAAUGGAAGGGAAGUCUUUCGAGGUCACUCAGAAGCAGUAUCCACGGGGACAUGGGACGUCUGUCCACCUGCUCUCUCCUGUCAGGGGCCACCACCCUCCUCUGCAGCUCUCUGACCUAUGCAGUCAGUGCAAUGACUCCCUGCUGCCCGUUAACUCUUCAGGAAGAGAUGCCGGCUCAUCCAUGGUACUCUCGUUUAACAUCUGUGUUAAACUUGGUUUUAAUCUUUACAGCCUUUUUUAGAUUUUAUUUUUAUAAAGAACAAAUUAAAACACCCCCUGCUCCUCACACGUGGGCUUACCCUCUUGAGCCACUGAGUUUUGAUUCUUGCCAUAUAUGUGCCUUAUUUUAUGUUACUCUUGUCAACGAGCGGGACCCACUGGUGUCACCCAGUCACCACUUCCAGGCCAUGUGCUCGGUGUCUGGCAAGGGAAGGGAGGACAUGCAGGACCGGAGCCGUCUGAGCUGUGUCGCAUCCUGGUUUCCUGUGUUGCUUUGAACUGAUAGGAGGUUGUUCUUUUCUGAUGAAAUACCCUUGUGUAUCCUGCAAAUGUGUAAGAUAAAAUGCAAGUUCAUUUUUUUUCACCUUUUUUAGAUUUAAAAAAAAAAAUAAAACGUGUAAUCCUUUUUAAAAAGAAACACAUGUAAAUACAUUUAAGUAUUGUAGGCAUAGUGUUGGGAUGUGACCAGCCGGGCCUUCCUCUGAGAUGCUGUGCGGCCAGCUCCGGCCUGGGGAGCUGUAGCCCAGACACCGUGAACUUGACCUUGGCUUUCAGAACCACUUAGUCCUUUUUGUAACAAAGAAGAAAGAAAAACAAUGUUUCUUACAAUGUCAAUAAAAGUUCUUUGUACUGAAA